GCUGGCGGCGCGCGGGGGUCGCUGCUUGGCUCUCGGUCACGUGCCGGGGAUUGUCAUGGUGACGCCCGGGUGUGUCCGGAAGCGGCUCCCUCUACGGCUUCCGGCGUGCGCGCGACACUUCCGGCGUGCGCGCGGGAGAUGCUGCGUGCGGCGCGCGGCGGCGUCCGGCUGGCGCUGCUGCCGCGGGGCGGUGGCGGCACCGGGCACGCGCUGGGCCCGACCCCGGCCGCCGGCCGCUUCCCCCUGCAGCGGGGCCUCCAGCGGCGGUUCCUGCAGCAGGCACCGCCUCCCGCCGCCCCGCCAGCCGUGGGGCGGUGGCUCCUAGCCUGCAGCGGCGCCGUGGCCGGUGCCGUGGUGCUGGGCGGUGUCACCAGGCUGACAGAAUCCGGCCUCUCUAUGGUUGACUGGCAUCUGGUGAAAGAGAUGAAACCCCCAAGAACACAGCAGGAGUGGGAAGCCGAGUUCCAGAAGUAUCAGCAGUUCCCAGAGUUUAAAAUCCUGAAUCAUGACAUGACCCUGACAGAGUUCAAGUUCAUCUGGUACAUGGAGUAUUCGCACCGCAUGUGGGGCCGCAUUGUGGGCUUGGCCUACAUCCUGCCUGCCGCCUACUUCUGGCGAAAGGGCUGGCUCAGCCGCCCCAUGAAGGGCUGUGUUCUUGCGCUCUGUGGGCUGGUCUGCUUCCAGGGGCUGCUGGGGUGGUACAUGGUGAAGAGUGGGCUGGAAGAGAAGCCAGACUCGUAUGACAUUCCUCGUGUCAGUCAGUACCGUCUGGCAGCACACCUUGGCUCCGCACUGAUUCUGUACUCUGCUAGCCUGUGGACAGGUCUGUCCUUGCUGCUCCCACGACACAAGUUACCUGAAACCCAUCAGCUCAUUCGCUUGAGACAAUACGCUCAUGGCACUACGGCUCUCAUUUUCCUUACAGCUCUUUCAGGUGCCUUUGUGGCAGGGCUGGAUGCUGGCCUUGUGUACAAUUCAUUCCCCAAAAUGGGGGAGCGCUGGAUCCCAGAUGAUCUCCUUGCCUUCUCCCCCAUACUGAAGAAUAUCUUUGAGAAUCCUACAACUGUACAGUUUGAUCACAGGAUCUUGGGAAUCACUUCUGUCACAGCUGUCACAGCACUGUACCUCUUCUCACGGAAGAUCCCGCUCCCUCGCAGGGCCAGGAUGGCAGUGACUUCCUUAUUGGCUGUGGCUUACUUGCAGGUGGGCCUGGGCAUCAGCACCCUGCUCCUGUAUGUCCCCACACCUCUGGCGGCCACACACCAAUCGGGCUCCCUGGCACUGCUGAGCAUGGCGCUCUGGUUCAUGAGCGAGCUCCGGAGGGUCCCCAAGUAACCGCCCGGCGGAAGAGCCCCCACCCCGGGGCAGCUGUGCCCAGAGGCGGCAGAGACCCUGCACCCGGGGCGCACGGGGAUGCGCGCAGGGAGGAGGUGUCGGGUGCGAGUGCGAACUUUGUAACAUAAAGCCGUUUUUACGGA